AUGCUCGCCUCUCGCCCCCGCCGCAGUGACAUUAACCGCAGCACUCGAGGACUCAUCUCUUGCUCCUACCGCAAUACCUUGACCAUCCCCAUCUAUCCUCCAAAGCCUACCUCUUCUUCCCGCCAACCCCUUUGGAAGCCACUUCGAACCUUCGAAGUCCCAACCCAUUUCUUGAAGAAACGCAAACUUCAAAUGCUCGAAACCAUGUUAGAGCCAGACUGGAUGAGCACCGUGGUCGUGGAAAAGCCCCGAGCACAUCUGGAUGACUUUCCAAUCGAGCUCCUUGAGAUGGUAGCCAAAUUCCUCUUGCCGGUGGACCUCCUCUGCCUGUCGUUAUGCAGCAAAUGGCUCCAUGGCUCUUUCCCCAAAGUUCAGUUCUACAACUUCGGAUACGACGAAGCCAUCUUCCUCGACUUCUUGAACCGACUAGCCAGCUGUGAGCCCCACCAUUACAUCUGCAAAAGCUGCCACCGUCUCCACCGCAUUGAAAACGUUCAACUCCCAGGGCCCCUCUGCAAGCCCCCAAGCUGCUAUGAAACCCCAAGCAAGCUCGCCCUCAAUCACUGGAACAAGAAAGAUCACUAUCUCUUCCUCAACCAGCCUCUUAUCUUGAUCCAGUUCCCUUCCUACACGCAAUACAAGUUUUACUUCGUUCACCUCCAGCUGGCAAUGCGUCAAUUCUUGCAUGGUCCUGGCUUCGGUAUUCCCAUUGAAUCCCUCUUCCACACAGAGGUCGCAACCAGUCCCAUCGCACAAAAUGCAAGCACCAUUUAUCCUCAGCUCGAGGAGAGCAGAGUCACCGAUGAUGAGGUUCAGCUCAAUACCCAGACAACCCUCUUCUCAGUCGAUGCCCGCAUCUGUGCCGACCCACCAAGCUUCUGCAUGCGCUCACAAGAAAUGGCUGUUGUCUGCCGCGAGAAAGCCUUGAACCUUCUUCCAAACCCAUUCGCCGACUCAAUCCGAAUCUGCUUGCAUAUCAGCACCGCUGGGUCCGGCGACCUCUUCAUCUGGAAUAGGGUCAGCGAGCUCGUAAAGCAGUACCAUUGCGGCGAGCGGGGAAAGUACUUGACUGCACAGGGGCGUUGCCCACGUUGCAACACGGCGUGGAAGGCUCAGGUCCGAGAGAUCGAGCCGAAUGAUGUUUCCCUGGUCAUUACUAGGUGGAUGAGUCUGGGCGCAGGUUUAGAUCCGGAGGAUUCUAUGUGGAGAUCGUUUAUUGAGUCGAAGCAUUAUAUGCCUUUUGAUAUGACGGCUGAUCCGCGGGUGCAGUUUGAGAUGGAUUCUGUCCAGGCGCGUUCGGGAAGUGCGUUGUCGGAGGAGUCGCUGUUCUGGAGGAACUCGGAGCUUUUGCGGGAAAGGAAGUAUCGGGAGUUGAUGAGAGAGUUGGAUGGACAGAGGUGGAUCUUGAAUUCUGAGGAAUAA